AGGCGCCAUUUUACGACGCUGUAUCCAAUCCUGUCUCGAAAGCUUUACGUCUUGACAGUUCGAUCAAUAACUCUUCAGAACCCGCCAAGAAUUUUCUCACGCUCUUGGACCUACAGCGCGUCAGGCUCACUGUCUAGGUGCAAAAAUAGGAUGUCGAAUCCAACAGCAAUCGUAACGACCCCCAGUUCUACAUGCGCGAACAAGUCGUGAUGAGCUACUUCAAAGCUAUCCAUGCCAUUUUCAGCGCCUUUGGUAGCAUGGAAACGCCGAUGCUCAAGUUGAACGAGAUGCGCGCUUUCGUUUCGAUGGAUAUGUCAUCCCAAGUCAUCCAUUUUGGACCUUCUCCUAUCCCACCCGAUGGGGAGACCCCAAAUUCACCAACCGCAUCCCUAAUGCACAGUAUACAAUGGGCACUACAAGAAGAUAAAUUGAAAGAAGGUCUUGCUUGCCUUACAACAUUACUCGGUGAUCUUUACGCUAUUCUCCCUACACCUUGCGAUAAGCCCGCGGAGAUAUUGGUCUUAAGCGAUUCACUUACUACCGAGGACCGUUGCGAAUUGGAUAGGAUUAGCUGCAUUACGAGUUAUUAUCUGACCUAAGUAGUUUUAGCUAGAACAAAGUGGCUUGCUUAUUGUCCACAGGAAACAUAUAAUUAUCGG